CCAUCAUCCAUCAUACAUCAUGGGCGCCAUCAGUUCCCUCCAUCCCCAACAAGAAUGAUUGUGAUAAUGUGCAUGGCUGUAUGGGAAGCUGCAACACGUACUGUGUCCUGUGCAUUAAAUCUGAGACAUUUGGGGUGGGGGGCAGGCCAAGAGAGCACGGGGGGCAGUUUCAAUCUAUUUUCCAGUCUAUUUGACCACGGCUCUUCUCAUAUAGCUUGUAAUUGUGUAGUUUCAGUUAAUGCAUUUAUAGCUUGUACUUCAUAUUCACGUUUUAUGUUUUGUGUUUUAUGUCUCAUGUUUCAUACAUAUAAGUUGUUAUUUUAUUUUAUUUUGUUUGGUUUUAGUUUUAUUAGUUUUACUUAUUUAUUUUUCUUUUUAAAUAUCUUUUUCCUGUAUGAAAGCGCUUGCAACAAUCAAUGAUCAAAAAUCACAGUACUACAAUAUUGUACACACACCUAUCCAAAAUAUUUUCAAGAAAUCUUGUCCUGUUGAUAUAAAUCAUCUCUUGAAAAUGUAAUGUAAACC